CUUUCCAUUCGUUUCUCUCCCUCUCUCUCUCGCCAUCACACUUUCCCCAUAAAAUACUCCUCUUUUCAAGUCGAUAUGAGCAACGAAGGCGAAUGGACCACGGUCACGUCGAAGCAUUCGACCAGCCAUAAACUGCAGCGGCCUCUCACGACCACAUCCUCCGCGAAUGCGACCUCGACUUCUUCGUCCAAGACCGACUCUCGCACUUCCGCCGACAAGUCCGCAGGAACGAAUAAGUCUGGAAACCACAAUCAUCAUCAUCACCACACCAAGAAGCCAGCAAAGAAAGACGCCGCCGGCACUGCAUCCACUCAAAAGGACAGCGGCACAACCACGACCACUUCAACUAAAUAUUUCACCAAACAAACGAAUCGAUCCCGCUCGAGCUCCUUCUCUAGCGACUCAGACUCGUCCCAAUCCGAUGACGAUCCUUCCUCUGCCUCAGGACCCAGCCGUCCUCCAUAUCACGCCGUUAUUAUGAUCCAUUGCCCCUUCAGCACCUGUGAUCUGACCGACCCUCUCACGGACUCGACCUCGUUGGUAGCCCAUCUGAAGGAAGCUCAUCAGAUUGCAUUCAAGAAUAUCCACCACAUGUUCAUCCUUCUGGAUCGGUAUCUGAGCCAUUGGGCCGAAGAGAUUGAGGCCAAGGGAAUUGAGAAGGUGGCGGUCAAGGAGAACGAGAGCGAUGAGUAUUACACAAUUGAUCCGACAGUCUCAACAGCAGACCGGACCCUGCGUGACGAGAUUCAGAGGGAAAAAUUGAACGAGAUUUUAAAAAUACAGGAGAAGGAGCGUAACGAGGACGCGAAGCUGAAGCGCAAGUGUCUUUUCUGCAAGAAUAUCUGCGAGAACCGAACUAUUUUAUUCAAGCACAUGUUCGCAGAGCACAACUUCAACAUCGGUCUGCCCGACAAUCUUGUCAACGUUAACGAGUUCCUCGAUAUGUUGGAAGCCAAAUUGACCAGCCUCCAAUGCCUUUACUGCGAAAAGACCUUCACCUCACCAGCAGUCCUCCGCAAACACAUGCGCAAGAAGAAACACUUCAAAAUCAGUGCUCGCAACCGCCUCUACGACCAGUUCUACGUAAUCAACUACCUGGAACCUGGCAAGAACUGGGAAAAUUUUGAGCACGAUCGAUACGACUCUGAUGAUGACCGUCGGGAUGACUCCUGGGCAGAUUGGGACGAUGCACUGGAGGAGGAAAAGACCAAGUGUCUCUUCGAGGAGAUCUACUUCAAUUCGGCUCAAUCAGCGCGCGACCAUAUGAAGGAGGCUCAUGGAUUCGAUCUGGAUGGCGAGAGACACAGGCUCGGACUUAACUUUUAUCAGACCAUUUCGCUCAUCAAUUAUAUCCGACGACAGACCAUGCUGGGUGUUUGCUUCUCGUGUCUAGUCGAGAAGCCCGAGACUGGGGACAAAAAACCGAUCGAGCAGAGCGAGGGACACGCAGAGGAGAACGAGGAAGAAGUGGAGGAUUGGUUGGUUAAACAUUUGAAGGAAUCGGGCUGUGGGGCUAAGGUCCCAGCUAUGGAUAUGGAUUUCUGGAAGGACGCACAGUUCCUGUUGCCAAUGCUCGAGAACGAUCCACUGUUGAUGAUCUUUGGUGAAGAGGACUCGGAUGACGAACAGCAGGGCACUGAAUUAGACAGAUCGUCUCUGUCCGGGAGCGACAGCGACGCAGACGAUAUUUAAAUUCUAGGCCGUACUUCUAUUGCUUUUAUAUAUCGUAUAGAAUAAUCAUUCUUUCAAUUCGCACAUGCUGAGUUA